AUGGAAGUCUUCCCAGAGGAGUUGAUUCCUGACCAGGUGUUUGAAGGGUCAAGCGUUUUCCAGGUGGAUAAAACGAAGCCAGUGAUGCUGGAGGAUGGAACAGCACAAGCAAAGGUGCAGAAGCAAGGAUGGAAGAUAAAACCAAAGAGAAGCUUUGAUGAAUACUACCUCGUGAAGACUUGGCCCCCUACCACGAGCCCGCAGCCCCCUGCCCAUCCGCAUCAGCCCUCCUGGCUAACAGGCUUUCCUCUUCCUGCAGGGCCCCUGCUGCAGCCUUCUGAUGGCAAGGGGCUGGAGGAGGGCAAUGUCCGCCACCUGGUGCAGCCCAGAGGAUCGAGGAAUGGACCGGGGCCCUGGCAGGGCGGUCGGAGGAAAUUCCGCCGCCAGCGGCCGCGCCUCUCGCACAAGGGCCCCAUGCCUUUCUGAAGCAGGACUGAGGGGGCCCCUGAGUGCCCACCCCCUGCGACUCUGGCUACUCCAUAGAUUGGUCUGCUUCUCUGGAGCCCUCACUUCCAUUCGCCUCUCUUCUCGCACCUGUCCUUGCUGCUGACGGUCCCGGCUCUUCUCACCCACCGGCUUCCCCGAAUGACAUGAUCCUGCCCCUAGUUCGGAUGAUUCCCUUUCUCUCCCAUGGAUCCAUUCAGCCCCUCUUCCUGGCCCAUCCCUGGACUGACUUCGGAGACCCAGCACUGGAAGGCUGGACUUCUCCCUGGCCUUCCCCUUCCUCUAGUCGUCUUCCCCCACCCCCAGUCCAACAGCCCAAGCUUCGCCCAGCCCUUCCUUCCUCACCUCACUGGUGCCCUGGGGGCUGGAGGGGAAACACUCCCUUCUUCAGUGGGCUCCGGCAGGUCCCAGGCUUUCAAGUCACGUGGACCCUUCACCCGGCAAGGAGGCCCUGGUUAAACGGGCUGGGGCAUCGAUUGGGAUGCAGACCAGGUGCCUUGCGGGGUAUCGGAACGGGGCUCGGUCCUCUGGUGAGGGGAGAGGGAAAGCAUUGGAGAAGAGGAAUAGCUGCUGUAGGCUUUUCCUCCUGCCGUGUUUGGCUUACCGAAGAGGCGAAGGAGAGGGGCCAUGAAGUACUUCGUCACCUCUCUGUGUCUCCUAACACUGCCCCCCACCUCACCCGCAACUCGCUCCCUCCCUCCCUUGCCCGCUAGUUCAAGCUCUCGCUCAGGAGAUGGCUCUGUACCCUCCCAGGAGCAAAAGCCAAGCAGGAGGAGUGGGUUUUUUUUUUUUUUUUU